GCUUGUGUCGAAAAGAUCAAAAGCUUACUGGCCCGGAAGCAACUGAGCGGCGUUCUGGAUGACCGAGGGAAGUUCAUCUACAUAGAAGAUUCAGAGUACGAGGCUAUCGCAAAGUUCAUUGAAUUCCGCGGCCGCGUCACAAUGAGCGAACUAGUGGAACAUGGGAACAACGUAAUCAAAUCACGGAGCUCUGGAAAUUAA